AUGUUUCGACGAAAAUCCCGACCACUGGAAGGUGACGACCAGGAGGAGGGUGCAGAUAAAGGUAAUUGUAUACCAAAAAACGAAUAAAUUUUUUCAUUUUUUUUUUUUUUUUUUUUUUUUUUUUUUGAAACCCCCGAUUUUUUUAGAUUCACCGAAACGAUUCACAAGACCAUGUGCGGCUGCAUCGAACGCUCAACCAAGCUCGUCGAAGAGUUCGGCUGCCAAUUCUAAAGGCCCCUCGACCUCAAAAUUUCCGGCAGUAAACCCCAGACCCCCUCAAAGAGCCUCCUUGUUGAAUCCGCCGGCCAAAUUCUUGUCAAGAAGUCGAUCCGAGUCAGUGCUGAGCGCACAAAAGGCAUCAUUGCUGACUCCGUCAAUUACGAAAAGCCCUAAAUCGAAUGGAAUUAGACAAUUGGGUCAGCAAAAAGGCAAAUUUCCGACCUCUCAGCCCGGCGCAAGCUCGCAAAAUUCGGCCGGAAACGACUUGUUGGACGCUCAAGGAGUUAGAGAAGUGGUAAGUUAGGGCUGAAAUUUGGCAGAGACACGCUAAAUAGGCAUUAUUAAUCAAUCUCGGAAAAUUUUUCUCAUGAUUUUUUAGGGAAUUUUGAGAUUUUCAAACGAUUUCUUUUGAGAGAGCACGUAAAAUGAGUAGUCGGCCAGAGAAAAAAAACCUUUUUGUCGAUAACUUUCUGAAUUCUAUUUGGAAAAAAAUGAUUUUUUAGAGCAAUAUUAGACACCUCACUGCUAACAUAGCCUGAAAUUUUUAACCCUAGAAUCGAGACUUUUUUUUGAAAAAUUGGAUUUUUUUAAAAAUUUUCGGUCAAAAAUUAAAAAAAAAUUAUUACAAGUUUCAAAAUGUCAGCAUUAUUUUCCAGUCGCCCAAACCUCCACAUCCAAAUCUGCCAUUUAUGACAAUUCCCAUGGUAAAAAAUGCCAGUGAAAUCCCUGAUCCACAUGGAAAAUUUACCUGGAAUAAUCGACACAGUAUGAGUCAAAGCCUCCCCGAUUUGAGUACCGUCAGCAGCAGUGAGGAGAGUAAGUUGUGAUGAUUUUUUUGUAAUUUUGUUUUUUGUAACUCUAGAACUUCAACCAGCGCCAAGAUUGAAGUCCAUCAAUGAAAUCGACUGCGAUUUGGAUAUGAAAUCGUUGAUGGAUGAGACAAACGUCGAUGAGUUUGAUGACGCUGCCGAUUUCUUUGAUAUGGAUGAAAUUCCGGGUAUUUUUAAAAUUUUAUAUUUAUGAUGUUAUUUAUGUCUAAGUUUGGCUAAAAUUAUCGAUUUUUUCAGAUAUCGGCGAUCUCGAGUACGGAGAGGAAGCCAAACCAGACGGAACGGACCCUCUGCUCUCUGCCAAUAUUCCGUUUUGGCAACGGCAAUUGGAUCCGGUCAAGCGGUUUAUGAGAAACACUUUGGAUACGAUUCAGAGGGUUCCGAAACUCAUCAAUCGAUCGCAAGAAAUUUCGACCGAUAUUUUUGAUGAUUGGAUUGAUAAUGCGUUGAACGGACGUCUGCAGGAGGAGCGACCAAAAUUGAAACAUAUUUGUAAGCAGUAAUUACAGUAGAUUUAUCAAAAAAAGUGAAAACGGCCGAAUUUUUUAAAAAUUUUUAUAUUCGAUUUAAAAUGUUUGUUGUAUCUAUACUUAUUUGGGUGUAAAAUCCCACUACUGACCUUAAGAUUUGUUGUGUAAAAUUCGUUUGAUCAGAAAGUUCGUACACAGAAGUUGUAAUAAUUUUUGUUCCAGUAUCCGCCGAAUAUCUGGACCAUUUUUUGCUGCCCGAUGAAGUCAUUGAUGAGGAGUCGCUGAACACUUUUAUCGCGCUAUUGGAGAAGGAGGAGACCGAAGAGCAUCUGGCCGACCAUUUCAUAAUCUUGGCCAACAUUUUUCCGCUGGAAAACAUGCUUAUUUUGGAGAUCAUCUACAGGGCACUGUGCAAUUCAGAAAAUGUAAAUUUUUUGUGAUUUCGGAUGUUUUUUUUGGAAAAAAGUGUUUGGUUAUCUAAUUUACCAGGCGAAUUGUGUUUUGGUCAUGCUGUUCCGCCGAAAUUUGCGCAAGUUUGCGCCAAGUAUGGGCGCAGCUCGCGAGAGGACAAAUUUGAUUUUUCGCCAAAAAGGAGAAGGAAAAACCUCCGAAGAUCCUCCGAGAGCACGAAAUAAGCCAAUUUGUUUGCAGCCGGACGUCAGAUGGAGCUCGUUGAAGGCGUUACCUCAAUUUAUUGAACUCUUGCGCGAUCGAAAACAACCGAAUCACUUGUUGGACUUGCUCUGCGCCCAUAUCAGUGGGAUCCGAAGGUUCGACGGUGGAAAUGAGCCCGAGAUUGAUAAAAACGAAAUUGCUUUAUGGGUAAGUGGACGACCAAGGUGGUAUAAAAUGCUUCAAGUCAGAUUUUUUAUUUUUUUAUUUUUUUUUUUUAGGACUCGUUGGAACUUUCGAAUUCCUUCCAAACCAACGCAAUUUUGUAUCUGCCGAUCCGGCAUCGAACUGAGGUGUGCAGACCGACAAUUGGUCAGGUCAUGGACGUUGCGUACGAGGUGAUCAGUGCGGAGAAUGUUACGCAGGAGGAGCGGGAAAAGGUGGCUUCAACUUUUUUGAAUUUCCUGGAUGUUUUGGACAAGUGCACUUGGAAACUGAGGGACGACAUCUUUGAGUGCGUUAUUGUAGAUGCAAUGGAGUGUUCUGAAGCUUUGUGAAUGUUUUCUUUCAGCUUCUUGACGAAAUGCAUCGAUCUGUAUCCGCCGAACAGCUUCCUCGAGAACCAUCCGAUUUUGCAGGUGUUUCAACAGGCCGCAAUUAGUAGGUUGUUUUUCUGCUUAUCAUGUUCCCUUUUUAGAGAGUCGCGCUGACACCAGAACACUCGCUUUGAAAGGCCUGGCCAGGAUUUUUGAAGUUGUCUUUGACGCCAACAUUGAUCGAAUGACAGAGACUCGAGAUUUUCGUGAUCUCUGCUUUUUGAAACUUUUGGUGUUGACAAAAUUGGUCGAUAAUCAACAGGCUUAUCGGCAAAGACAACGGUGAGGCAUUUAAUCUACAUUCUACCAAUUUUUUAUAUUGUACUUGACAUAAGCUUGAAGUUUUGCGAUUUUUCAGCUAUUAUCGCUUUGUCGUUGAAGUCUUUAGGCUGAUUGGAGAGAAAGCACCAUGCGCAAUCAUUGCGGAAAUAUUUGGCGAUGAUAUGGAGGCAAUUGCAAAGGAUUGUAAGCGAUUAUGUUGUAGUAGACAAAAAAAAUUCUAUUUCCAAAAAGUGGUCUAAUAAUUGGUUCUAGCUAUCCCGUUGAUCCGACUGUACUAUCCGCAACUGCUUGACGCCAUUGGCUUGGAUUAUUUGGCCCAUCUGGAAGCCGAACGCUCUUAUAAUAUGAUCUUGACUUUGCAUCGGUUGAGCACCGCCGAUCCAGAUGCUGGAGUGAGGAAAGCCGCGACUUUGCUGAUCCUCGGGAGGCAAGGAUUCGGAUCGCCGGAUGUCUUGGAAAAUAUUGAUGAUUAUCCGAUCAUGUGGGACUGUUAUGUUCAUGUAAGUUGAUGGAUGGCAAUUGUAAAAAAGCGAUUUUUUAAUGAGAUAAGUAGAUUUUUGGAAAUAAUCGGUAAAAAAAUUGAAAAAUUUGACCCAUUAUCGAGCUUUUUGAAGGUGCUUUGAUAUUAUCCUUGCCAAGUCAUAAGUUGUUGAUGUUUCCGGCCGUUUUUUAGUACAUUCCAAACGCCGAACGCGCCAAGUUCAACGAGCCGUGGACCGAUUUGCCAGGAUGGGACCAUGUUGAAAAGAGAUCGUUGCAUUUUGACUCGAAUAGCCCGAAAAUUUUCGCUUCGUGCACUUCCAAUCCGAAUUCGUCGAAUGAAUCGGCGAAGAGAAAACAAAGUGGAACUGAUUCGACGUGGAAUAAAUUGGAGGAGGAUGAGUUCAAAAGCGCCAGGGAUCAGCCUUCAGAAGCCGGCCUGAUAUCAUCUGCUGAGAAAUUUGAAGAAGAAUAUAAAGAAAAUGGCCAGAACCAGAAGCAAAUGGAAGAGGUUGAUGAAUUAGAAGAGUGGCUGAAUCAACUGGUCAAGAGAAAAAAGGACCAGCCUUCCGAAGUUGGUCUGAUAUUAUCUGCUGAGAGAAUUGAAGAAAAAGACAAAGAAAAUGGUCAGAACCACAAGAAAAUAGAAAAAUUCGAUGAAAUUGAGGAGUUGCUGAGUGAAUUGACCAACAAAGUGGCCGAAAAUGAAGAAAAAGAGGCCGAGGAACAGAGGAAACAGAAGAAAUUUUGUUAUGAGUAAGUUGCCUUUGUUAUUAUUGUUUGUAUUUUUAGGGAUCUGUUUGAUGGAAAGUUUUGUCUCUUUCCGAAGGAUUCGCGGUCUGUGAAAAACAAAGAGGCCCCAUCGAGCGAGACGACGCCAAAAUUGGAGCCGACUGACGACUUGAUUGUCUUCGAUUUCAACGAACUCUCCGAUGAAUCAACUGUUUGA